UGAACUUUCCUGAUAGUUUCUAUAGAGAAGUAUUUAUUCACUUCCACACUUUAUUGGAUUACAUGUGUGGGAUACAUUUGCAUGCGUUACAAGUGAGAAGGUGGUGUUUUUGUAACAGUUAAUGUGUGAUGAAUUUUAUGUACUCUGUUUAAUGAGCAAGCAGCAUCGCUGCAGAUAAGAUGGUCUAGAGUAAAUAUACAAAGAUGAAAAAUCAGUGUGUAUUCUGACCCGCUGUCUUACUGGCUACAAUCAUGUCAAACAUGCUAAAACCCACAGCUGAAGACGUUGGAGAUAAACUCAACGCAGCGGUCAAUCUGAAAAGAUCUUUAGGGUUUUUUGAUAGUGUAUGUUUUCUCGUAGGUAGCAUUGUAGGUGCUGGAAUCUUUGUAUCACCUUCUGGAGUACUGGCAUAUUCUCAGCUCAAUGUUGGUGUUUCUCUGUGUAUAUGGGCCGCUUCUGGAGUCUUGACUAUGUUGUGUUCCCUCUGCUAUGCGGAACUUGGCUCUGCAUUGCCAUAUGCCGGUGGUGAAUACUACCAUGUAAACAGAGGACUUGGAUCUCUUCCUGCUUUUAUCUUCAUCUGGACGCUAACAUUAUUUAUAAGGCCCGCAUCCAAUGCAGCUCGAGCGUUGACCUUUGCGGAAUAUGCAACACAACCUUUUUAUUUUGGAUGUUCGCCGCCAAUUUUUGUCAAGAAAAUAUUAGCAAUCGGAAUCCUUUGGAUUCUAGGGAUCAUAAAUACCAAAAGCGUAAAAAUGGCUACAUGGGUCCAGAAUAUAUUUACGGUGAUAAAAAUGAUGUCUUUAAGCCUUAUCGUUGUUUACGGCAUUGUUGUUCUUGGGACUGAGAAAAAUGCUUCAGAAAACUUUAACGAUGCCUUCGGUUCCCAGGUUCCUAAUGCAGCUCAGAUUGCAGAGUCAUUCUUUCAAGGCCUUUAUGCAUUUGGAGGGUGGAAUUUUUUGAAUUACCUUGCUGAGGAGAUUAAAAACCCAAGUAAGAACAUUCCCCGAACUGUGUUCACAUCCAUAACUGCAGUUGUUGUGUUCUACCUGCUAGUGAACAUCUCUUACUUGACUGUAUUGACCCCCAAGGAGAUCGUAUCAUCAGCUGCGGUAUCGGUAACGUGGGCUGACAGGACAAUUCCAUCUGUGGCAUGGAUUAUCCCAGUGUCGGUUGCAAUCUCAAUAUUUGGUUCUCUCAAUGGUGGCAUGUUUAUGCUCGGAAGAUUAAACUAUGCUGGCAGCAAACAGGGCCAUUUGCCAGCACUCAUAUCCAUGCUUCAUGUGCACCAUUUAACUCCAGCUCCAGCUAUGAUCAUCUCAACUAUUAUUGCAUCUAUUUUCGUCAUCCCUUCUGACCUCCUGUCCUUAACAAACUACUUUACAUUUUGUUCAUGGUUGUUGGUUGGACUGACUAGCACAAGUUUGAUUGUAUUACGCUUCCGGGAGCCCAAACUUCACAGACCGUAUAAGGUCUUCCUACCCAUUGCCUUUGUCGUCGUGGGAGUUUCUUUAUUUUUAGUUUUAGCUCCAAUAAUACAGUCCCCAAAAGUGGAAUAUGGUUAUGCUUUAUUGUUUAUGUUAAGCAGUUUACUUGUUUAUUUCCCUUUUGUAUAUUUUAAGUUACGCAUUCCAUAUUUUGAUAACAUCACUUGUUAUUUACAACUGCUGCUCGAGGUUUCCCCCACCGAUAUGUUUGAGGAUAAUAAAUCCCAGUAACUUUGAUACCACUAAUUUAUAAUUAUGUGUUCCAGGUUUAUCGGAACUAAUAAACAAUAGUCCUUUUAAUAUUCAUUUAUCUCACUGGUUAUGUGAUGUUAAAAUGAGCCAGAAUUGUAAAUUGCGUAAAUAUGCGCUCUUUUAAUGUUCAAAUUUAUAAAAAUGUUUAAGUUGGUGUUCUUGGUAUAAUCUAGUUGUGCUUCGGGUGUGAAAAUGAAUCUUUUCACCUAUUUUAUAAUUUAUGUCUUGCACUGUUUUCUAGUAAAUAAAGUUUA